CUCGUGGUCUAGUAGAUUUCAAAAUUUGUAGCUGCCCAAAGGCCCGUCUACUUAAUCGAACUGAUCGUAGAUAUCCCUAAAAUAUAGCGGGAAGAAUGGAGAAAGAAAUUAAGAAAGAGAAAGAGGAUCCUGAAAGUGAUGCCACUGUAGAUGAGGAGGAGGAGGAGGAAGAAGAAGAGGAAGAGGAGGGAGAAGAAGAAGAGGAGGAGGAGGAAAGUAUGGAAGAAGGUGAUGAAGAGGAGGAGGAGGAAGAAGAAGAAGAAGAAGAGGAAGAAGAAGAGCAAAAGAAAGGGAAAGGGAAAGGUGGUAAAAAGAAGAAAGCUGGAAAGAAGGGUGAUAAAUCAAUCAAUCUGAGUGAUGAUGAGUGGUUACAACUUGCUAAUAGUAUAUUUGCUUUGUUACGUGCCAGCUCAGCUUACAAGAAUGCUCUAUUCACACAACAUUUGAAGGAUGAUGCAAAGUGUGAAGAUUCAGAUUGCAUCUAUUGUUUUCUGCGUUGCAUCGUCUUUAGUGAAAUUAAUCCUCAGUUUCAGCUUGAGCUUCGUAAAACGUUUAUGCUUAAAAUCAGAGAGAAGCUAAUGUCUGGAAGCACGCUGCCAAAAUCUGUUCCACAAGCAUUCUUUCAAACGGUCGUGCAUGCCCUGCAAGACAACAUGGGCGAUAACUCCGGUUUUCGAAGUACCUUUUUGACGAUUUUGAAACGAUCUGUCGACUGCAAAGCCUGUGCAUUUCAUAACAUCCAGAAUGUCACAACUCAUGGUGUCAACAUCGAACCAGAUAAAGAGAUCCAGGAAUCUAUAAAAGAUACACUGAGUUCCUGGCGCACUAUAUUCGGACAAUGUAUCCCAUCGAUGUGUCUGAAGUGCAAACAACCAAUCGAGUAUGGAAAUUUUUCUAUUCACGAAUUACCAAAAUGUUUGAUUGCUUUCCCUGCCAAGAUACAAGAUGAAAAUGAAUCAAAGUCAAAGCCAGAUGACAAUGCGCCGAAUAAGCCGAUCUUUUUAUCACCAGACAUUUCAAUGCAUCUUGAAACUGAUAAGGGAGUUUCCAACGACUACAGAUUAUAUGGUUUUGUGACUGGUGUCAAACAAGAUAAUGGAACCGUUGCUUUUAAGACCUAUCUAAGG